AAUUUGGUGAGGUCAUGUAUUUUUAAGCCCGCACAACGGAAUAAAUCAUUCUUCGGCGGCGGAAUAAACAAAUAGUCCGCCGCUCCGGGACGUUUCACCGCCGAUCGGACCGCCGGGAGAUCGAUAGUUUGAUGUUUUGAUGACGGAGAGGACAUUUUUGGAUGCACAGAAAGCAGUAAUUGAAGAUUUCACCAUGAACAAAAACAAGAGAGAAAGAGAGUUCUACAGCCUAGAUGUUGGGGAUUCGACGUUCACAGUACUGAAGCGAUACCAGAAUCUAAGACCUAUCGGCUCAGGAGCACAGGGAAUCGUCUGCUCUGCUUACGACCAAAUCCUUGAGCGAAAUGUUGCCAUCAAGAAGCUGAGUCGGCCGUUUCAAAAUCAAACCCAUGCCAAGAGGGCGUACAGAGAGCUAGUCCUAAUGAAAUGUGUCAAUCACAAAAAUAUCAUUGGCCUAUUAAAUGUAUUUACACCGCAAAAAUCAUUAGAAGAGUUCCAAGAUGUAUACUUGGUGAUGGAGCUGAUGGAUGCCAACCUGUGCCAAGUCAUUCAGAUGGAGCUGGACCAUGAGAGGCUGUCCUAUCUGCUCUAUCAGAUGUUGUGUGGUAUCAAACACCUCCAUGCCGCCGGCAUCAUUCACAGGGACCUCAAGCCUAGCAAUAUAGUAGUCAAGUCUGAUUGCACGCUGAAGAUUUUGGACUUCGGCUUGGCUCGGACGGCCGCCACAGGCCUCCUGAUGACACCGUAUGUGGUUACGCGCUACUACAGGGCGCCAGAGGUUAUCCUGGGCAUGGGCUACCAAGCCAAUGUGGAUGUAUGGUCAGUGGGCUGCAUUGUGGCCGAGAUGAUCAGGGGAAGUGUGUUGUUCCCUGGCACUGAUCACAUCGACCAGUGGAACAAGGUAAUUGAGCAACUAGGCACUCCAUCUCAGGAUUUUCUAAUGAAGCUAAACCAGUCAGUCAGAACGUACGUAGAAAACAGGCCACGCUAUGCUGGAUACAGUUUUGAGAAACUCUUCCCAGAUGUGCUCUUUCCUGCCGACUCUGAUCACAACAAACUGAAAGCGAGCCAAGCUCGAGAUCUCUUAUCCAAGAUGUUAGUGAUUGAUGCUUCCAAGCGCAUCUCAGUAGAUGAGGCCCUGCAGCACCCCUAUAUUAAUGUUUGGUACGAUCCAGCUGAAGUGGAAGCGCCUCCUCCGAAGAUCCCAGACAGACAGCUGGAUGAAAGGGAGCACACCGUGGAGGAGUGGAAAGAGCUUAUUUAUAAGGAAGUGAGCGAAUGGGAGGAAUGGACGAAGAAUGGAGUGAUAAGAGGGCAGCCACCUCCCUUAGGUGCAGCAGUGAUCGACAGCCCUCCUCAGCCCACGUCCUCCUCCUCCUCGGCCAACGACGUCUCAUCCAUGUCCACAGAGCCCACUGACCCCAGCAGUGACCCCACCAUGACCUCUGAAACUGACAGCAGCUUGGACAGUCAUACCUCUCUGGGUGCACUGGCCUGCUGCAGAUAACGUACACAUACAGUACUCACUAACACACACACACAUGUACACAACAAAACAAACCUUUCCUCGUCAGUGUGCCUGAUGGGAGAUGGGUGUAGGCCAAUGGAACUCAUCAUGUUAGUUUGUAGAGCUGCGCUUUCAAUGUACAGUUUUUUUGUUAUUUCCCCCUCCACCUAUACUGCUGUAAAUGAUUGUGGUUUGAAAUUGUAUCAUUAUUACUGUAUUUUUGCUGCAAAGAAUCAGAGUAUGUUUUGAUGUGAAACUGUGAUUGUAUGUCAUGAAAGAAAGGGAUUCGAGUGUACUUUACACAUUGCUGUUUUGUAGCUACAUCGACAAAGUCAAAUACCAUACUGUUAGCACUGCAAUAUCAUUUUGAGUAUAUUUUUGAAUUGUUCAUUUGGCAUUUUUUUUGUAUAGUUUUUGGGACAUUUGAAUGAAUCUACACCAAUUCUGUCUAACAGUAGACGAUAGCACACUUCAUUUUCAAGCCUAAUGCAAAUGGAUGAUUUUAUUUUGAUGUUGUUCCUCAUCUUUCUUGUAGAAAGUGUCCCUUGGAGUAUCCAAGUUAACGUAUUUCUUUGUCUAUUAUGUCAACUCUGAUUGUGCGCAUCUUGACAAGCGUCCCUGACUCGAUUUCUUUUUUUACUAUAGCAUACUGUAAACUGACUGUAUUUUAACUUAUUUAGUUAGACGUAAUUUGUAGGUGACGGUCUGUUGGAUGAGCAAGAACAGGGUGAAUGUAAGUGAAUAGAAAUGUGGAAUAGAAAGGAGCCAAUGAUUCCUGUUAGUGCUGUAACAAGUGAAUAUAGGCCACCCCACUGGCUAGAAUGAGUGCUGUUUUUGGGGACAGUCACCAGAGACUUAAGUCUAUAUUGGUCACUUUAUCCUUUUUGGCAGGUUGUUUCAGACAUUAUUCACAGCUGUCUGAUAUUUAAGAUAUUUAAUUUAAGUGCCCUUACUCAGUUCAGUGGUUUUUCAGUCCUCUCUGUGGCAGAUGCUCCUCUCUGCUGUGUCUUUCUGAGUUCUACCUCACACAUGCACACACUCAGUCACACGUUUUUGAAGAUACAGUAUGUUUAUCAUGGCACACACCAUUUGAAAGAAAUGCGAACAAAAGGUCUAGUUUUUUUUCUGUACUGUUAUUUAUUUAUUUAUUUCAAGCUAGGAGACAUCUAAUGUAUGUAAUGUACAUUUCAUUCAGAAGUACUAUUUAUAUGCAUUUUGUUUCAUUUUUUGUUUUCUGUGCAGUAUAACUCAUAGAUUAGUAUAGUCAGUGGUCGAUCUGUACAUUUUACUGUAGAUGUAUGUAUGUUUUCUGAGAGUCAGGAAACAGGCAUUUGCUACCUGCCAUGGUAACCUUUGGAUGUAUUUGAUGGCUCAAAUUCCCAAACUGUCCCGUUGCCCUUUUCAUGGUUGGGCACUCCAGGCAGUAACCCCUAGCAUCAACUCCCAGAAUGCACUUUGGGGAUUGUGACGCAUGUCCUGACCCUCUCUUGGCCACAUCUCAACGGACUGUUGUGGCUUUCUUUUUUUUUUUUUUUUUUUUUUGUAGUUUUCCCCUCCUCCACCUCCUC